AUGUCGGAGUCGACGUCAAAGUCGAUCGACGCUGGCGCUGCUGUCGCCAAUGCCCUGGAUUCUCGCGAUCCUGUUGUCGCAACUGCGCCCGCCGAUAGUAAUCCCAACAAUACCGCGACUGCCAAAACCGACCCAGCCUUCUUGCAUUCGCCCCCCGACAGUAACAACACGGCCAAGUCAGAUGGCUCGGAUUCUGAAUUAAGCGACCUUGAGGACGAGCCUAUUCUCAGCGACCCUCCGCAGCCGGUAGAUCCUAGCGACAAAAACACCAGUGAUGAAGACAAGGACAAGCCUAGCCAUGAAGACAUUGGAGAAGUGCUGCCAGAUGACUGGUCUGGCGCUGUUCCCAUCUUCAAGCCAACCAUGCACCAGUUUAGAGACUUUAAACGAUUCAUGGAAGCCGUCAACAGCUAUGGUAUGAAGUCUGGUAUCAUCAAGGUUAUUCCACCACAAGAAUGGAUAGACAGUCUUCCCAAGCUUGAUGACCUCGUCAAACAGGUCAAAGUUCGAGAACCAAUCAAGCAAGAUAUCAUGGGCUCCAACGGCACCUACCGCCAAGUCAACAUUGUACACGGUCGAUCUUACAACCUUCCGCAGUGGCGUCAACUCUGUGACCAAAGCGAACAUCAGCCCCCAGCUAGACGUGGCGAGCGACGCGCCAAUGCUGAAAAGCCAAAACCACGAACACGAACGACAGCACCUGCACCCAAGCCCGUUGAUCCUUCAGUUCCCAAGAAGAGAGGCAGAGGACGACCGGCUAAGCGCGGUGGCAGAGGAAGACGGGCCAACCCAGAGCCAGCAGAAGACGCAGAGGAUCGACCUAUGACCCCGAUCUCUCCUAAACCUGAUGCAACUGAGAUGGAUGACAAGCCCGUCGAGUCCGUCGAGCAAGAUCCAGGCGAGGAGGUUGAGGAUGACUAUGAGCCCAAGGUUGGCCGUAUGGGCGUCUCUCGACCAGCCAGGACCAAAACCCAGACAGUCUCGGCUCGUCGUAAAUACAGCCGCCGGGAGGGAUCUGCUAUGAUCGACGAAGCUGCUUUCAAGGACUGGGAUUACAAGAUGGAAACAUCCGAAUAUACACCUGAACGAUGUGAGGAACUUGAGAGGGCAUAUUGGAAAACCCUCACAUAUGCGCCCCCUCUUUACGGCGCGGAUCUGAUGGGUACGCUCUUUGAUGAAUCGACCGAGGAGUGGAACCUGAACAAGCUGCCCAACCUUUUGGAUGUUUUGGGAACAAAAGUUCCGGGAGUCAACACUGCCUAUCUAUACUUGGGCAUGUGGAAAGCAACGUUCGCAUGGCAUCUUGAAGAUGUUGAUCUCUAUAGUAUCAACUACCUUCACUUCGGUGCCCCGAAGCAGUGGUAUAGUAUCUCCCAAGCUGAUGCUCGUCGUUUCGAAGCUGCGAUGAAGAAUAUUUGGCCCACCGACGCAAAAGCCUGCGACCAGUUCCUCCGACACAAGGGAUUUCUUAUUUCUCCCCAGCACUUGAAAUCACACUACAAUAUCACCGUCAACAAAGUCGUGUCGUAUCCUGGAGAAUUUGUCGUUACAUACCCAUAUGGAUACCAUUCCGGCUAUAAUCUUGGCUACAACUGUGCUGAGGCUGUCAAUUUUGCACUGGACUCUUGGCUCGAAAUUGGCAAGAUUGCUAAAAAGUGCGAAUGCGCUCAAGCUCAGGACAGCGUCUGGGUUAAUGUCUACGAGAUCGAACGUAAGCUGCGCGGUGAGGAAACCGAAUAUGAAGAAACCGAAGAGGAGGAGGAAGAUGAUGAGGAAGAUGACGACGAUGAACAGUCUGGAAUGCCGACACCACCGUCCAUCUCGGGCGUCAAGAUUAAGGAACCUCGUCGCAAACGAAAGCGUGGACCCGGUGAUAAGAGUGGCAAGGUCAAGGUCAAGAAGAUCAGGCUUCGGCUCAAGGCCAAGGCCGAGCCCCCUUGCUGUCUCUGCCCCAAUGAUACACCAUCAGCAGACUUGUUACCCACAGAUGACGGUAGGAAGGCGCACCGUCUCUGUGCGCACUAUCUGCCAGAGACAUAUAUUGAAACUAUUGACAAUCAGGAAACCGUUGUCAACGUGUCGGAAAUUCAAAAAGAUCGACUCGACCUCAAGUGUCUUUACUGUCGCUCAAAACGUGGCGCAUGCUUCCAAUGUUCCCAGAAGAAGUGCGCCCGGGCGUAUCAUGCGACUUGUGCGGCGGCUGCUGGCGUUUUUGUCGAAGAAGAAGAAGUGCCAGUUUUUGGUGAAGAUGGCACCGAGUACAAGGAGCAAGCUUUCGAAUUUAGUUGUCGAUUCCAUCGGACCAAGCGUGAUAAGAAACUCGACGGAGAGCUAUUGGACAUGGACACGCGUAUCCAAACGUCAGCCUCAAAGAUCCAGCCAGGCGAGACUUGCCAGUUCCAAUACCACAAGGGUGAUAUUUUUGCUGGUGUUGUGAUUGAGAACCGGGCUGACGAGCAAACACUUCUGGUUGAUAUUUUGCCUAACGGUGAUCGUCUCGAGGUUCAAUGGAAGUGGUUGCUGGUACCCGAUCCAGCUGAUUACCGACUUCCAAAGGCAUCGGCAAAUGCUAUUCCCAUGCCCGCUUCACAAAAGGCCAAGGACAAGCUGAAGACCAGGCGACUUCAUGACGGAAAGCCACAGAAAGACGAUCCGUUCGUCGAAGGCUGCACAUGGGCCGAGUUCCAGCUUCAUCCUGUUUCAAACAAGGAACAGGUCAACAUUGACUUUUCCAAACCCGACCAAAUUUGGCAUUACUUACCAAAGACAUCGACUGAUGCUCGCGCCCAAUUCACUGAAGAUCCUGCCAAGCAACGCCAUAACCCUCAAGGCAAUUUCCUUUCUACGGUUCCUAAGCCAGUGAAGCCAGUAAGACCACCAAGGGCAGUUCCACCCUACGCUCAGCAACGACCCUACCAGCCUGGGACUCCUUAUAAUACUGGUCGACUGGAGAGACCGUAUGUGUACAAACCACGAAUUCCUGCCGAGAGCAACUUGCCUACAAUGGGUAGCUUCACCACGCAGAGGUUCGCACCGACUGCCCCUUUACCUGUCCCAAUUCAACAUCAUCACACGCAGUACCCAUCAUAUGCGCAGCCAGUACCCCCUGGACACCAGUCUCCUCAUCCCGCAUACUCUGCUCAGAGGUUUGAGGUUAGAUCAUCUCCAGCACCCAUACCGCCUGGAAGCACUCCCACAAUGCACAAUCCCUUGAACGCACCUGUGCAUUCUCAGCACACGCAAUGGCCAAGGGUGACUAACGCUUCUCAUCCUUCUCCCGUGCCUGCAGCUGCUGCUGGCGUAACGUAUUUUCAUAAGGGUGUUCACCAAAGCCCAUAUCAAGCACCGGCACACCAUCAGCAGGCUCAUCCUGUCCAACAACAAAAUCAUCACAUGAAAGCAUCCUGGCAGGUACAUCAAUCGAUCUACCAGAGGUAUCCCUUCUUCCAGGUCAACUACAACAGGGACUCAAAUAAAUACCGAACGCCAUAUGCUACUCAGGGAGGCUUCACAAACGGGUACGAAGGUAAUAUGAGAGCGCAUAUCAUGGCCAAUCCGGACGCCUUCCUGAGAGGUCAACCAAGCAAUUAUAACCACGGUGCCCACAGCUCUCCGUAUCAGCGGCCAUCUGCAGUUCCACCGCCAGCACCGUCCCCUUCACAGAUGCCUCCCAGUGGGCAUGAGUUCAGACAACAGUCUUUCCCGAAAGGAGUACCGGCGCCAUCGCCAAUGCCGACCCAUCCGACCUCUGGACAAUUUCCUCGCCCCGCCCUCAAAGCGCAGUAUUUGCCCCCGAUACAGUCACAGACACAGGCGCAGGGGCAUCCGCAACAGUGCCAGCAACCCCAGCCGAACCCUCAACAAAUGCGGAAUCCCCAGGACACUACUCAAACCCCUAACCAAAACAGUAAACUCAAGACUGCAACAGUCUUCAAGCCGUACAAGAUACCACCCAAAGAGUCGCCAGUGCCAUUGCCGGCAAACUUUUUGGCGGCAAUGACAUCGACGCCGAAUACUAUGGCUGCUGCCGGUCAACUGGCUCUGCAGCAGCCCUCGAACAAGGGUUCACCCGUUGAGCCCAAGCCUGUGCGAAAGGUGCAAGCAACGCAACAGUCGCCAUCGGGGGCAUCCACUCCAGGCAAACAGCCGCUUGGUGCUAAAAUCUCCGAGACGCCUGUGCCAAUUCCACGACUGCCGGGUUUCGUGCCCGUCUCGACAUCUAGAGAACAAGCUGCUUCGCCACAGACGCAUGUGUUAAAUCACAAUCAGUCAAGUCGACUUUUGCCUUCGCAUCAGGGCAGUCCAGUGACGCCUGUAGCCACAAAAGAGCAGAUGACACCGUCUGUUCGGGAUGGCAAGCUUGCACUUACCAACGUGAACCCAGGGAAUGCGCCUCAGACCGUAUUGGCGGAGCAAGCCAAUCUUUUCCAGCCACAUGACUUCCCCGACGUUCCUGGAAGCGGAUCUAUGAAAUUCAUGGACAGUCUCUUGGAGAAUAUCCGUACCAUUGCACGUCGCGACGAGAAGCCCUAG